CGGCGCCGCCGACUCCGCGACCCCCAGAGGCUAGCCCUGCAGGUGAGCUCCGUCGCACCUGACGACCCUAGCCCGCCCUGGGACGCCUGGGGGUCCCCCUGGGCACCUGCGGACCGGAAGUGGACCUGCAGGUGCAACAGCCGGAUAGGAAGAGGAGCCGGAGGGGGCCGCUAUGAACGCCAGCGUCAACAUCGAGAAGAACUCCUGGCGGCUGCCACCUGACGAGACCGUCCAGGUCGCCGAUCCGAGAUCCAAAUCCGCACAGGACCUAACCUACGGGGAGGCUGGACACAACUGGAGGAGCAUCAUCUUUUCAUUGUUGGUCAUCGGGUUCGUCAUCGCUGGCAUCGUCACCGCCAUCUACCUCCUCGGAUACGUCGACGAAUUGCUGUACUGGAGCGGAAGACGUCUCACCCUCGAAGAGUGUCUUCGGGGUGAUUUGACACCUCAUCGACUUCCUCCGGCUUGGCUGUCCCAUGACAAAUUCGUCUACCAGGCCGACGAUGGCUCCCUGGCACUUCUGGACACCUCCAACAAUUCCGUGUCCCUUCUGGUAUCCAAUCACACCCUCCGGCAGCUCAACGUCCAGGGGUACGAGUGCAGCUCCGAUUUGCGCUACGUCCUCUUCAAGCACAACGUCAAGCCGGUCUUCCGGCACAGCUUUUCCGCUCAUUACACGGUCUACGAUGUCACGAACGACCACCACACUCCUCUUCGUCUUCUGGCCUCGCCGAGGGUGCAACAGACUCGUCUUCAGCAUGCGACCUGGCUGGGGAACACGAACGCCCUCUUGAUGAUCUCCGAGAAUGACAUCUACCUGAGGAUGGCCCCUUCGGCAACGGAAGACGUCCGGGUGACGGACACCGGGAUACCAGGUGUCAUCUACAACGGGGUUCCUGACUGGUUGUACCAAGAAGAGGUCCUUCCUCGACCGGAGGCGACCUGGCCCAGUCCGGAUGGCUCCAAAAUCCUCUUCGCCUGCUUCAACGACACCAACGUGAGCGCCCUGGAGUUCCCCUGGUUCGGCUCCCAGAUAGGCCAGGAUGGAGCCAAUCUGAACCCCAUGGGCACAUCUAGAAGAGGCUCCUUCCCUCCUUCGAGGUCCGUCAGGUACCCCACCCCAGGAUCCGUGAAUCCCGAGGUCUCCUUGUGGAUAGUCGACCUAGGGAACCUCACCGGAAGCGACCUCGCCAACGCCACCGUCACCAGGACGAAGCUGAAGCCCCCUCAGUCUUUGGACGGACAGGACUACUACCUCAUCUCCGCUGGCUGGAUCGGUGAGGACUACGGACAGAUCGCGGUGGUCUGGAUGACGAGGUCGCAGAACCUGUCGCUAGUGUCGGCAUGUCGAGCCCCAUCCUGGGAGUGCGAAGAAACGCACACGGAAAGGGCUCCCGAGGGACAAUGGCUGGACGCGCAGCCUCAUCCCGUCUUCGCCCCGGACGGGGACAGUUUCCUGUUGCUGGCGGCGGUCCAGGAAGGCGGGCAGGAGCACUUCACGCACAUCAAGCACGUCACCCUGACGCAGCAGAGGAUAGCCGUGCUCUCCCACGGGAGAUACGAGGUAAGCGAGAUCCUCUCAUGGGACACUCAGGCUCACCUGGUGUACUACCUGGGCACCAGGGAGAGGAGGCCAGGGCAGAGGCACCUGUACGUGGUCCGGGACCCCAUAGCCGAUGACCCCAGGAGGCUGGAGCCGCUCUGCGUGACCUGCGACCUGGGCGAGGUCCUUUGGAGCAGUAGGUUUUAUUACACCAACUGCACGCACUUCAGCGCCUCCGUCAGUCCUCCUUCCGACCAGGUGGGCCAGGGUUACUAUGUUCUCCAUUGCGAGGGACCUGGUCUACCGUUGGCUGGGGUGCACUCCAUGCAGACCCAUAAGAUGGUCAGGGUCCUCUAUGAUACGAGGAUCCAGAGAGCGGACAGACUGUCGCAGCUGGCUCUGCCUACACGGCGCAGCUUCGAGGUCCCUCUUCCUCAGGGCUGGAGGGCGCAGGUGCAGCUCCUGCUGCCUCCUUCUUGGAGGGAGGAGCUGCGCGACGCCGCGUUUCCCGUCCUGGUCGAGGUGAACGGCCGUCCAGGAAGCGAGGCCGUGACUGACCGCUUCAGGAUAGACUGGGGCACAUACAUGUCCAGCCACAACGACGUCGUCUACGUGCGUCUCGACGUCCGCGGCGCCCGGGGUCAGGGCAAGAGGGCGCUCUUCCGCAGGAUCGGCGGCGUGGAGGUGCAGGACCAGCUGACGGUGCUCAGGCACCUCCUGGACACCUUGAAGUACCUGGACGAGACCAGGGUCGGGGUCUGGGGCUGGGGCUAUGGGGGAUACGUCACCGCCAUGGUCCUCGGCAGCCAACAGAACGUCUUCAAGUGUGGAGUCGCCGUCAACCCCAUUGCCGACUGGCUGUUCUACAAUUCCGCGUUCACGGAGCGAGUCCUAGGGGCUCCUGCGGAGAACUACAAAGGUUACGUGGAGGCUGACCUGACGCAGCGGGCCAGGCUGGUGCCCAGUCACAGCCUCUACCUUCUUCAUGGUCUAGCCGACCUCACAGCGCCUUACACACACGGCGUAGCCUUCGCCAAGGCCCUCUCCGAGGCGGGAGUGAUCUUCAGGUAUCAGAGCUACGCGGAUGAGGAUCACGCCCUCUCGGGGGUGAUAGAACACGCCUAUCGUUCCAUGGAGGACUUCCUCGCCGAGUGCCUCGCCCUGGACGCCUCCUAGUGCCUCGAAAAAAGCGCGUCGACCUCCCCCUCGAAGUCGACCCUGAAAAGUCCCUCGCCACUCUUCAGGGUCCAACUCCUCCUGGAGAACGUGGAUCCUUGGGAGCUGCUCCUUGGAAGAUGCCCCAUCCCCCUCUCGCUCCCUUUCUUUCGACCCCCGACAUCCUGAAAAGACCCCGAAGAGUCCCCGAAGAGACCCUGAAGAGGGGCGAAGCACGUCUUCCAGUAGGCAGCUCCUCUCUUUCGACCUUUCCAUCCUCUUAGGCGCGAAUUACGAAGAGAGCUCCUCGUUCCGAAUGCGGAGCUCCAGCGAAAGGUGUGGACGGGUGUGCGAGUGCGAGAGAGAGGGAAGCAUGCGCCCGCCCGGGCGAGCGAGGGAGAGGGAACGACUUCGGACACGGCUAUUCCUAGUUUAACGUCGAUUUACCCUUGUCGGUUCCAUGGAAAUGGGGGUUACGAAGCGCUGCCGGUACGUGUCGGUGCCGGGACGUGACGGACCGUGACGGAUAGGGUGAAUCGACGUUUAUGGUUAAUAAUUGUGGGCGAAUUCGAAGAAAGGGCUGAAGAAAGAGUGCAUGGCCACGUUUCUAUGAAAGGGUAGGAUAGCGAUAUUGCGUAUUCGCACGUUCUUUUUUUUCGGAAUGGACGAGCAGGGAAGCGAUAAAUUUCCGGAAAGGAGGAAAUGGGAAUGGUUUAAUGCACCUUAAGAGCUAAACGACCCAUCGGCCGACACGUACUUCACGGUAGUGUAUAAAUAUUCCGUUGUUAUCUAUGUAUACCGUUUGUAUAUUCGUAUAUAUGAUGCACUGAGGGUCAUUUAGCUCGAAGAGGUGCAGUCAUCGAUGGUCAUCGAGAGAUCUGUAUACGGCUCGCGGGUAUUUCCGCCAGAUUUUGGGUGAAUUCGGAGCGAUCGAUCAGCCUGGAAGAAUCGAUCGAUCGAUCGAUCGGUUCACCUAUAGGCAACUGCACGCGUAACGACAAAUCGUCCAGAACAAAUCCGUGCAGAUCGAUUUGUAUGGAUGUAAUUGACCUGCGAUGGCCAUCAAAAUACUCGAAUUGACUGUAGAAAUGUAUAAUCGCCACGAUUUAUCGUUACGCUUGGAGUUAUCUUAAAUCGCACCGAGGAUCGGCCUCGUCGAAGUGCACUCGCGUUUGCUCAUCAUUCGGAUCCUUCUAAUCUUAAGUUGUACAGCUUCGCGCCUAGUCUAUGUAUCAUAAUGUUAUAUAUGUACGUAGAGUCCACCCCUCUUCCCGGAGUCCCGUGGGAUUUGUACAUAUACGUCCUUGAUCCUCGAUCAUCGUACACGACCACUGGUCGCGUUUUCGAAAGAAGUUCCCGAAAAUUGGUGCUACUCGCGGAACUCGCUCUUAGGGGUGGGAUAUCGCGCUGUACGGAUAUCGAAUCCGAAAAUCGAUAAAUCUUAAAGGAACGAAAAUUAUAAGGGAUUAAUUCGAGCUUCCUAGGAAGAUGCGACCAUUGUUGAGGUGCGGGACAAGGUCGAGCGUGAUGAUCGUCUCCUUUUUAAAAUUUCCUUAUUUUUUUUUGUACCCUUUAAAGUUGCUAGGAAAAAUUCCAAAAAAUUCUUUAGACCUUCAUUUAUUAAUCAGGAAUGCACACGAUUAUUUAUGGGAUUUGGAAAAAUUCAGGGAGAAGGGGGUGAAUUUUUUUCAACUCUUUUGGAGAUCGGCAAUCGCGCUCGACGGAGCACUUCGCGAUUUACGCCACGCUGUGCCAGCAGCCCUUAUAUGCCGACAAUCAAGGCUAGUGCAACUAAUCAAACAAUAAAUGAAAGGCAGAGUUAAUUAAACUAGCGUUAAACGAACGACGAGAGCAGGAACAGGUCGACCGUGAUUUUUUAUCACUGAGUGCAGACAAUUGGUCCCUGCUUAUUAAAAAUAUUACGGCAAAUGUUAACACGCUGAACUGUGAAUUAAAUACACCUGCGGUGCUAUAAAAUUUCGAUCAAGCGCAGAAAAGAAUUAAGUUUUUCUGUACCGUGACCUUAUUUUCCAUAGAGGAGCUGAAGAAGUCGAAGGUGGCCUUAUUAGAUGACAAAAUUUGGUCAGGUACCCUUGAAUAUAAUUAUAAUUUCACCAUACUUGCUCUUCUAACAAUCCUCCCUUAAUGUCACACGACUCUUUGUUAAUCCGAUCGUCUGCACGCGAGAAUAAAACAAUCACCAACGACGCGCUUCUUUCAAACGGCUAAGGUGGGGAAAAUGAAAAAUGGAAAGAAACGAAAAACGAAACGCAAUCGUAAUUAGUUAAAGUUGAUCCAGCAAAUUCGGACGAGGAGGACUCGUCGGACUUUCAAGGAAAUAAGCCACAAUCAAUUAUUACGUAUAAAAUGGUCUAGGCAUUACGCGAAAAAAAAGAAGAAAAAAAAAACACACCUAGAUAAAUAAAGUACGAGUUCUCGAAGAGAUCGUCCAGGUCGGACCAUGAUCGGUCGUCAUCGAGGUCGAUAGUGAAUAAUUUCUUUUUAUAAAAGUAAAACUCUCUACCGAGACUUCUAUCUAGUCGAAAGUUCGUUCCGGUGACGCGGAGAGAAAAUGGCCCGACCGGGACGAAGGAAGAUCGUCAUAGAAUUAGUCGGAAUGGCGUAGAAACCGGAAACUGGCGCAUUAAAUAAUCGCAAUGAUUCUUUGUAGCAACGCGUAGGAUAUCUUAUAGCUUUUGGUAAAGCAUUAUACCGCCACUAGGCUACGGAAAAGGGAAUCGAAGGGUACGGGAAGAGCCCUCCGACGCGCAAGGAAAUUCAAGAUGGCGACCGCGUCGGUGCGCGCAACCUCGAUCGGAAUCGAGCACAGAAAACGUGUCAAUUAGAAAAUCUCCUCGCGACAGCUUGCAAGGUAAUUGUAAUGAUACACAUAUACGUUAUAUACACAUAGGAGAGGAGAGAGAUGGCAAAAAAUCGGGCGGCCGCAGGUUGGAGGGACGAUUUUCGGGGAUGACGAAGAGAGGUACAAUGGCGGACAUGGACGCCUUCCUUUGGAGGUUGUGCUACGAGUAUUUAAGUAAUACUAAGGCAGGCAUGUCCUCCAAUGCAUCGGACAUGAAAUCCCAUUUUGAGAGGACGACAUGGCACUCGCAAAAAAAAAAGAACAUUGCACCCACGUCGCAGCUUUUCGCCGGCUCUUCGGAUCUCUCGAUCGAGGAUCGAUCGAUCGACUCGGCGAGAGGCGCGCCGAUAACGGCCCUAGUUAAUCUUCCACUUAACACACCCACGAGAUAAUCAUGUUAUUAAGACUCUGCGUUUUUUAAUAUCAGCGAGCCUCGGCGCGAGAUUGUCGCCCGACAAAAAGUGUUUUCA